AUGGGAGGUUCAAAGAAAAUAGGUAUUGAAAACCUUCCUUCACAUAUGCAUAGGUUCAGUGGAAGAACAUCUGUGGAAGGAAACCAUUCACAUUCAAUAACAAAAAGAGGUUAUAUAAAUCUUGCAGCGGGUUCGAAUAGACAGGGAAUGAACAGAUAUGAUAUCUCAGAUGACCCCAAAGAUGUUAGCACAGGUAUUUUCUGUGGAACUGCAGGAAAUCAUACGCAUGUUGUAGCUGGUAUUACAGACCCAGCAGGUAAUGGAAAAGAUUAUAUGCCUCCUUAUAUAACAAUGCACGCUUGGAUACGAGUUGGUUAA